AUGACGGUUCAGACGACUAUAGCGUAUACUAAAAACGUGUAUUUCUACAACACGAUGACGGUUCAGACGACUAUAGUGUAUACUAAACACGUGUAUUUCUACAACACAAUGACUAUAGUGUAUACUAAACACGUGUAUUUCUACAACACAAUGACGGUUCAGACGACUAUAGCGUAUACUAAAAACGUGUAUUUCUACAACACGAUGACGGUUCAGACGACUAUAGUGUAUACUAAACACGUGUAUUUCUACAACACGAUGAUGGUUCAGACGACUAUAGUGUAUACUGAACACGUGUAUUUCUACUACGCAAUGACAGUUCAGACGACUAUAGUGUAUACUAAACACGUGUAUUUCUACAACACAAUGACGGUUCAGACGACUAUAGUGUAUACUACAAACGUGUAUUUCUACAACACAAUGACGGUUCAGACGACUAUAGUGAAUACUAAACACGUGUAUUUCUACAACACGAUGACGGUUCAGACGACUAUAGUGUAUACUGAACACGUGUAUUUCUACAACACAAUGACUAUAGUGUAUACUGAACACGUGUAUUUCUACAACACAAUGACGGUUCAGACGACUAUAGUGUAUACUAAACACGUGUAUUUCUACAACACGAUGACGGUUCAGACGACUAUAGUGUAUACUAAUCACGUGUAUUUCUACAACGCAAUGACGGUUCAGACGACUAUAGUGUAUACUAAACACGUGUAUUUCUACAACGCAAUGACGGUUCAGACGACUAUAGUGUAUACUAAACACGUGUAUUUCUACAACGCAAUGACCGUUCAGACGACUAUAGUGUAUACUAAACACGUGUAUUUCUACAACACGAUGACAGUUCAGACGACUAUAGUGUAUACUACAAACGUGUAUUUCUACAACACGAUGACGGUUCAGACGACUAUAGUGCGCAACAGUUACUUGCCAGAGGUGAUCACUACAUCCAUUGCAGUUACCCCAGAUGUUGAAGUAGCAGAGGUGACCACUACAGCCUCUGCAAUCAGUCCAGAUGUUGCAGUACCAGAGGUGAUCACUACAGCCACCCCAGAUGUUGCAGUACCAGAGGUGAUCACUACAGCCACCCCAGAUGUUGCAGUACCAGAGGUGAUCACUACAGCUGCUGUAGUCACCCCAGAUGUUGCAGUACCAGAGGUGAUCACUACAGCCACCCCAGAUGUUGCAGUACCAGAGGUGAUCACUACAGCCACCCCAGAUGUUGCAGUACCAGAGGUGAUCACUACAGCUGCUGUAGUCACCCCAGUUGUUGCAGUGCCAGAGGUGAUCAUUACAGCCGCUGUAUUUACCCCAGAUGUUGCCGUAUUAGAGGUGAUCACUACAGCCACCCCAGAUGUUGCAGUACCAGAGGUGAUCACUACAGCCGCUGUAGUCACCCCAGAUAUUGCAGUACCAGAGGUGAUCACUACAGCCGCUGUAGUCACCCCAGAUGUUGCAGUACCAGAGGUGAUCACUACAGCCGCUGUAGUCACCCCAGAUGUUGCAGUACCAGAGGUGAUCACUACAGCCGCUGUAGUCACCCCAGAUGUUGCAGUACCAGAGGUGAUCACUACAGCCGCUGUAGUCACCCCAGAUGUUGCAGUACCAGAGGUGAUCACUACAGCCACUGUAGUCACCCCAGAUGUUGCAGUAUCAGAGGUGAUCACUUCAGCCGUUGCAGUUACCCCAAAUGGUUGUAGUGCCAGAGUACCAGAGUUGAUCACUACAGCCACCCCAGAUGUUGUAGUGCCAGAGGUGAUCACUACAGCCACCCCAGAUGUUGUAGUGCCAGAGUUGAUCACUACAGCCACCCCAGAUGUUGUAGUACCAGAGGUGAUCACUACAGCCACCCCAGAUGUUGCAGUACCAGAGUUGAUCACUACAGCCACCCCAGAUGUUGUAGUGCCAGAGGUGAUCACUACAGCCGCUGCAGUCACCCCAGAUGUUGCAGUGCCAGAGGUGAUCACUACAGCCGCUGCAGUCACCCCAGAUGUUAUCACUACAGCCGCUGCAGUUACCCCAGAUGUUGCAGUACCAGAGGUGAUCACUACAGCUGCUGUAGUUACCCCAGAUGUUGCAGUGCCAGAGGUGAUCACUACAGCCACCCCAUAUGUUGCAGUGCCAGAGGUGAUCACUACAGCCGCUGCAGUUACUCCAGAUGUUGCAGUGCCAGAGGUGAUCACUACAGCCGCUGUAGUCACCCCAGAUGCUGCUGCAGUCACUGCAGAUGUUGUGGUGCCAGAGGUGAUCACUACAGCUGCUGCAGUCACCCCAGAUGUUGCAGUACCAGAGGUGAUCACUACAGCCACCCCAGAUGUUGCAGUAUCAGAGGUGAUCACUACAGCCGCUGCAGUCACUCCAGAUGUUGCAGUAUCAGAGGUGAUCACUAUAGCCACCCCAGAUGUUGCAGUACCAGAGGUGAUUACUACAUCCGGUGCAGUCACUCCAGAUGUUGCAGUGCCAGUGGUGAUCACUACAGCCACCCCAGAUGUUGCAGUAUCAGAGGUGAUCACUACAGCCGUUGCAGUCACCCCAGAUGUUGCAGUAUCAGAGGUGAUCACUACAGCCGAUGCAGUCACUCCAGAUGUUGCAGUAUCAGAGAUGAUCACUGCAGCCACUGCAGUCACUCCAGAUGUUGCAGUAUCAGAGAUGAUCACUGCAGCCGGUGCAGUCACUCCAGAUGUUGCAGUAUCAGAGGUAAUCAAUUCAGCCGUUCCAUCGCACUUUAAGUGGAAGUGGAGACAGAUGAACAGGUUUACGACAGUUCAUGCAUUCUUAAGAAAAUCAAGCCCACCCUAA